AUGUACGUACGUGGUAGUACUUGCUCUCGUGCAGACUCGAAGCUGUUUAUUGUGGGCUCCUCAGCCAAUGGUUUUGGAUGGGAUCGAAGCGACGUUGAUUUGUGCCUUGUGAUUCCAUUACAGGAGUUGCCGAGCAAGACAGGUGCUAAGGCGGUGCUGCGUAAACUCCGUAAUCUAUUGCUCCAGAAGUUGCGUGAAGUGAUUGUUGGGUGUGCGGCGGGGCGUGUUGGGGCGUCUGUUGCAUUUGGGAGGGCAGGGGGGAAGGCAGCGGGUUCCCUCUCAAAUUGUGAACGGAUUCGUGCAAAUGUGCCGAUUCUUAAGUUACAUGACCAACUGUCCGGUUUUGAUUGUUAUUUGAGCCUCAACAAUGUGGUGGGCAUUUACAACACCCAUCUUCUUGCCAUGUACGCUCGAGUCGACCGUCGGGUGCCUGCCCUGGGCAUGUUUGUGAAGCACUGGGCUCAAAGGAUGGGUAUCCAUGGUGGUAGUAAGAGGAGGCUUUCCACAUAUGCUCUGGUGCUGAUGGUAAUCCAAUACCUGCAGUGUGGAUGCUCGCCUCCUGUUGUACCGAAUCUGCAGGCUCGUUUCCCUAAGAUCUUCGACUGCGAGCGUGCAUUGGAGGAGGUAGAUAUGGAUUUGGAGCUGCCGUGGGAAGAGCUGCGCAGUGCCAACAGGUACACAUCAGGUGAGCUCUUUGCUGGAUUCAUUGCCUACUAUGCAAACUUCGAUUUUGCCCGAUGGAACAUCUCGAUUUGCAAUGGAUCUUCAUUGAAGGUGAGUAUGGGUGUUGUGGAAGAGACUGUGAUGGAGGCCUGCCCCAUUGACAUUUAUGGUAAUGAUUCGAUGCUCUGCUUUGCGAGUGGAGCUGUGUCUAUACUACUUCAUGGAACGUGGUGUGGCAAAGCUUCUUCUGACGUAAUGUACGUAGGCAGUAGAACGAAAGGCCAGGGGAAUGGGUAG